AUGGACGGGAACGGGACCGGGACAGCCAUGGGCACGGCCAUCAUCGGGACCCCCAUCAUGCUCAUCCGGUUCAUGUUCAUACCCAUGUUCAUGUUCAUGUUCGGCGACAUGCCCAUCAUCGGAUUCGUCAUCCACAUCUGCGGUGGCGACAGCGCGUUCGGGCUUGGACUCGAGGACGUCCGGUCGCGCCCACCGAUACUACCAUCCGCGAUCGACGAGCGAUUAGCUGCGCCCCGGCUUGAGCUUGCACUCCUGUCGCGAGGUCGCACGUCAGGCGCGGAAGAGGAGCGUGUGCCUGGAGCGAGGGCCGCAGGGUGGGGCGGAGCAAGGUGUGAGUGUGCGGACGAGUCCCGCUGGCUACCGCUCGCACUCCCACUAGGCGCAGGCGACGCAUUCCGCACGCUCGGGCUUGACGGCAGCGGCAGCGGCGGGACUGGCGGCGGAUCCCUCGACCCGUCCCUCGUGCGGCUGACGCUGCUCCGAGCCUGGCUCGACUCGCUCCCUCUCCGCUGGUCGUACACUGGCCUCGCGUACAUUUCCGCCUUCUCCCGCUCUCUGCCUCUGCCCGCCAUGAUCGCCGACGUCGCCGCGCCCGCACCCAUGGCCACGUCCAUCGCGCUGCCGCUCAUGCUCAGCUGCGGCGGGACGAACUUCGUGCUCUCCCGCCUCGAUCUUGCAGCAAUGACCUCCUCCUGGUACAUCCGCCGCCGGCGCUCCUCUUCCUCCUGCGACGCUCCGCCCGGAGACGCGCCUCCUCCUCGGCUUUGGCCUGCGCAGCGCGAUGCUGAGCCUCAUCAGCCUGAGCGCGCCCGGGAUGCUCUCCUUCCGUUUUGGCGCUCGUCCUCCGAGGCCUCCGACUCUGACGUGGAUUCGUCCGUAUCCUUGCCCUUGGUCGACGGCGCGAAACGAACAGCGGGUCUCGGGCUCGGCUUUUGCUGCGCUUGUGGCGAGGUGGUUUGGAGAGUGACGGUAGCGGUCGACGUGCUGGUGCUCGGUGUCGGCGAGGUCGACGACGUGCUCGAGCCAGAGAUGGAUGCCGGCUUGGUACGAGGGUAGGGGUUCGGGAGGCGCAUGUUCGACUCGAUGCGGAGCGGCGACGGCGUUGCUUUGUACGGCUGCUGGCGUUGCUGAGGGGAGGAGAGAAUGCCUAGCAUACGAAGAUGAGAUAGUGAGCACAGCCGUCAAGGGAAGGGAAGAGAUAGAUAGGGAAGAGCUUGAAGGACCGGUGCACACAAAGAACCAAGGGUGUACAAAUUGUAUUGUCAAGCAACAGGCGGCUGAAACGAGGCUCACCUGGUGGCUGCUGGGGCGAUGA